GUUUACUUUGCUCCACAUCAUGAUAUAGGGCAACGAACGACACAGAAAACUCUCCGCAGGAGGAAAGAGGGCACAGGGAUACUUGUCAGUAAUAUUUACAGCAUUUUUAGAUGGGUCUCUAGCUUCCCCCGACGAUUACCGACUUCCGUAGACUGUUCGGGCUACGCGAAAAAAAUCAUUGAUUGGGAGGCCUGUGCUUACUUGAGCCCGUGUAUAUACAGGCAGUGGUGCUGCUCAUAAGGAUCCAAGAUGGCGUCCCGUUCGUUGUUCGUACGAGCGACUGCCCUAUCAGUUCGCCUUUCCAUGCCAGGUCGGCACGAUCCAAACGUCAAAAAGAAAUCCAAGCAGUUUAAAGAUCUGAAGAAGAAAAAGGUGCCGAAGAUUAUACGGAAACCAAGUGAAAUAGUGCCUCCAAUCGACCCGGAUUCUCUGCUAAAUCCGGCAUAUUUGGAAUCGAAUAGACAACGAGCGAAGGUAAAACUAAGCGAGGAGGAGGAAGAAGAGAGAAUACUGCUGUUGAAGGAAUGGUCACGGUACAAGAUGCAGCAGCACAAAGAGGAUUUACAGCGAUUACAGGAGCAGGCGAGGUGCCGGGAGGAGGCGCUCAAGGAACUCAAGAAAACCUCAGAGUUUUUGUAUAAAGAAGCAAUCAAAGCAGACAAAACUUUGUUCCCCUUACAACUGAGGGGACCGACCCACACUCCACCCCUGACGGGUUAUAUUGCGCCUGAUUUAGAUCCCGAUGUGAAAGGACAAGGAAUUUGAUAACCCACACCACCCUUGACUGGUUAUAUUGCGCCUGAUUUAGACCAGAUGUGAAAGGACAAGGGAUGUUAUGACCCACACCACCCCUGACUGGUUAUAUUGCACCUGAUUUAGACCAGAUGUGAAAGGAGAAGGCAUAAAAGAAGCAUUCUUUUACUUAACUUCCCUAACGACAAAUGUCUGCUGUUUGUCUAGGAAAUAUGGCUAAUUUAUUGUCAAUUGAAGUACCAAGUGUUCAUUAGCUGUAUUUCUGCGGGUGAUUGCCUGAAUGUUCAGGUUCAAUAUAUGUGCUAGUACUCAUCAGACAAAAGCUUUAAUUCAGACUCUCUUCUAAUCAAAUACAUUGACUGAAAGAAGCGAACAAGGGUUUGAAGUGAUUGUUUGUAUGCAUUGGCAUGAACCUGGCUAUUAUUGGCUGCUGACACUUAGGGUAAACCCUGCUGGUAAUGAAUAAAUUAAAUAUUUGGGGAAGAUGCUUCAAGAUGCUACAGACCUUAUGUGUCAGGCUUUGAGACAUUUGGCACCAGAAAAUGCAUCUGCAGCAAAGUUGUUAUUUUUUUUAUAAACAGGCUACAAUUAGUAGGGCUUACAUUUACUUUCAGAGUAGGCGGUGGAGAGUGAUAAGUAGGGGGUGAAGGUUAUUUAAUCUUUCUUGUUAAAAUAAAACUUAAGUCGAAUUUAAAAGAAAAAGUAGCCGGCGCUUGGUGGGAAAUAGCCGGCGCUUCCGCCGGCUGCCGGGUCCUGAUGAAACCUCUGAAUUAGUAUUCUUUGGAUGAUGUUCAAUCAGCAACAGCUAUUUUUUUUUCUUAGGUUGGGGUGACAUAUGCUGUCCCCUCUCGAAGAAAGCUAAAAGUUUCAUAGCAGUAUAAGAAAUAUUUGCCUGGAAAAAAUACAGAUAAUUUGUAAAACAAAAUAUUAUCAGAGCAAAAAGGAACUGUUACUUUUCUUUUUAGCAAGUUAAUGCUGGUAUUGACAAAUAAAAGAAGCUUUUGUGUA